AAUACAGAAAAUGCUCUUGGUCAAAACUGAAGUCUGUUUUUUUGGGAUGGUAUUAUGUUUUACAUCUUUUGCUUCAAUGGGUAACAAACAUUGCCAUGACUCCUGUAACACAUCCACCCUCCAGGCUCCACUAGGCUCUGCGGUGCUCCUGUCAUGCAGCUUUGGGUCCACCUCUCUGGGAAUUAGCCCUGGCCAUGGCUGGGUGGUGUGGAACCAGGGCUCUGGUUCUGGUGCCAGCCUGGUCAACAUCACGUCCUCUGGGAAGGUGGACUUUCUGGACCCCAGGCAGGGCAGAGUGAAGGCUUUCCCCAAUCAGGGAGGUCUGGGGAACUUCUCCAUCCUAAUCGAUGCCCUUCAGGCCUCAGACUUGGGCUCCUACUGUUGUGAGCUGCAGAGUCAUGACCAGUGCCAUCGAGUGGAAGUUGAGGAACUUGAAGAAGGUUCACACAUCGUGUUGUUUUUCAGCGUUGGCAGUUUGGCCAUCCUCCUAGUGCUCCUAAGUGGCUGUUUCUGCUGGGUGAAAUGGACACGAGUUUCUACUGAAAGAACACCAGACUAUAUCAACACCCAUUUCUGUGCAGGAGUCGGCAAUGAGCGACCGAUCUAUGAAAACAAUGAACAUGAUCCAACCAGAAUGCAGCAUGAUCCGACCAGAAUUCACCAUGAUCCGACCACAAUUCAGCACGAUCCGACCAGAAUUCAGUACGAUCCAACCAGAAUUCAGCAUGAUCCAACCACAAUUCAGCACGAUCUGUCCAGAAUUCAGCAUGAUCCCACCACAAUUCAGCAUGAUCCAACCAGAAUUCAGCAUGAUCCAACCAGAAUUCAACAUGAAGCACAAAGAAACCAGCACGAACCAGUUAGAUACAAAAAUAAAUUGAGAGAUUCGAGUGAGAACAGAAGACAGGGGUUUCAUGGAGAACUCAUGAGCAGAUUGCGCCAAUCAAGUCUCGGACAGCGUUACUAUGCAAACCAAGCCGAGAUCAACCAGCAAACCAGAGUUCGGAUGGACAACCACCAAAGAGCAAACGAAGCAAAGACCAACCAGGAUCGCAGAUCCCAAAUGGACGACUGCCAAAGAGGAAGCUUUUGGAGAAAGAAACCCAAAGAGCCUGUGUCACCCUACCAGUGGAUGGUCACCCAGGCCCAUUGUUUGCUGACCAUCAGAGAUGAAGAGGUACUCUUCUGUUGAUGUAAUGAUUCUUCGUUAUUAUUACCCUAACCUGCACAGAGCUAGAGGGAUAUAAUCCAUACAUUCAACCGCACUGACAGUCUGAAAGGUAGGAAAUAGAACUGCAGUUUACGAAGACAUAAAUUACAUUCAUCCAGUUUCCAUUCAACAUUACUGUAUGUCCAAUGUAAUGUGGCAGACCAUGGGGUUUGAUCAAGACGUUCACACAGAUAAGACACGGACACCUCAGUUUCAAGAGUGUUUAAUUAAAACAAAAAGAAAAGAAAUCGGUCUCCUCCAGGUUACCGCCUUCUGGGCUCUGGAGUAGACCACCAACCUGCUCGGGUCUAGCAGACCGUGAGGACAUCUCUCCGGUAGCAACCUCUCACUACCUCCAACUCUCCCGUGUGCUGCCCUCCUGGCAGCUUUAUGGGCCUUGUACAGCUGGUGAGCAAUCAGCCCCUUGAUUACUCACCAGCCUCAUUCAGCCCCAAUUAUUGUAUUUAUUUAUCCAUUAUUUUACCAGGUAAGUUGACAGAGAACAUGUUCUCAUUUGCAGUAACGACCUGGGGAAUGGUUACAGGGGAGAGGAGGGGGAUGAAUGAGCCAAUUGUAAACUGGGGAUCAUUAGGUGACCAUGAUGGUUUGAGGGCCAGAUUGGUAAUUUAGCCACGACACCGGGGUUAACACCCCUACUCUUACAAUAAGUGCCAUGGGAUCUUUAAUGACCUCAGAGAGUCAGGACACCGGUUUAACAUCCCAUCCGAAAGACGGCAUUCUACACAGGGCAGUGUCCCCAAUCACUGCCCUGGGGUAUUGGGAUAUUUCUUUUAGACCAGAGGAAAGAGUGCCUCCUACUGGCCCUCCAACACCACUUCCAGCAGCAUCUGGUCUCCCAUCCAGGAACUGACCAGGACCAACCCUGUAUGGCUUCAGAAGCAAGCCAGCAGUGGUAUGCAGGGUGGUAUGCUGCUGGCAAAUUAGUCCUGGCCAGAGGACCCGUUGAGACCUGGCAUGUCCAGCAGAGGGAGCCACCGCCGUGUGAUGUGGACUCCGUCUGUCACCAGGCCUCAACGAGUCUCCCCCUGGUGGCUUGUCCGUGAUACGCCACAGUAAGUAUCUUAAAUGUUCAUUCCUGAUCAGUCAAAUGGCGAUAUCAUUGGUUAUAAAGUAUGUGUGGUUUUGGCUAAUUGCUAAUGUCAUGUGUAUUCAAAUUCACACAGAUGAACCUGGUGGACACUGCAGGGCAUUCGAUAUCGUUCGGUGCCACUAUCUCAUGUGAGAGACAGACCGGUUCCUUGUCUUUUCUGUUAGCUACUAAGUAGGCUAACUAUUUCCGCUAAUAUUAAAUCUCUUGAAUUUUUUUGCUGUAGCACUUAAAGGACUCUGUUUUUGUUAAACCGCUUUUGGGUCCUCACUCAAGUUCAUAACAGAAGAAUCUGACCAAGAAUGGACCCAGCGACUUCGGAUUCUUUCCACUCAGCCGUCGAGAUCCAGGGAGCGAUGCUAGGCAGACACGAGCAGGAAUUGUCUGCUGCUCGACAUGCCGUUGAGACCCUGGCCGCCCAAGUCUCCGACCUCACAAAACAGAUUCACCAUCUCCGCCUCGAUCCACCAGCCACUUCCAGGGCUUCCGAAUCUCCGGAGCCCAGAAUCAAUAACCCGCCGUGUUACUCUGGGGAGCCCACUGAAUGCCGCUCGUUCCUCACCCAGUGUGAUAUUGUGUUUUCUCUCCAGCCCAACACUUACUCCAGGAGCACAGCUCGUAUCGCCUACGUCAUAUCUCUCCUUAGUGGACGGGCUCGUGAGUGGGGCACGGCAAUCUGGGAGGCGAGGGCUGAGUGUACUAACCAGUAUCAGGACUUUAAGGAGGAGAUGAUACGGGUUUUUGAUCGUUCUGUUUUUGGGGAGGAAGCUUCCAGGGUCCUGUCUUCCCUAUGUCAAGGUAAUUGAUCCAUAACAGAUUACUCUAUUGAGUUUCGCACUCUUGCUGCCUCCAGUGACUGGAACGAGCCGGCUUUGCUCGCUCGUUUUCUGGAGGGUCUCCGCGCGGAGGUAAAGGAUGAGAUUCUCUCCCGGGAGGUUCCUACCAGCGUGGAUUCCUUGAUUGAACUCGCUAUUCGCAUAGAGCGACGGGUUGAUCUUCAUCGCCGAGCUCGUGGAAAGGAGCUCGCGUUUUCUGUUGCCCCCCUCUCCGCAUCACUACCAUCUUCCUCCGCCGGCUCGGGUGCUGAGCCUAUGCAGCUGGGGGGUAUCCGCAUCUCGACUAAGGAGAGGGAACGGAGAAUCACCAACCGCCUCUGUCUCUAUUGCGGUUCCGCUGGUCACUUUGUCACUUCAUGUCCAGUAAAAGCCAGAGCUCAUCAGUAAGAGGAGGGCUACUGGUGAGCGCUACUACUCUGGUCUCUCCUUCAAGAUCCUGCACUACCUUGUCGGCCCAUCUACGCUGGACCGGUUCGUCAGCUUCCUGCAGUGCCUUGAUAGACUCUGGGGCGGAGGGCUGUUUUAUGGACGAGACCUGGGCUCGGGAACAUGACAUUCCUCUCAGACAGUUAAGGGAGCCCACGGCCUUGUUCGCUUUGGAUGGUAGUUCUCUCCCCAGGAUUCAGCGUGAAACGCUACCUUUAACCCUCACUGUCUCUGGUAAUCAUAGCGAAACCAUUUCUUUUUUAAUUUUUCGUUCACCUUUUACACCUGUUGUUUUGGGCCAUCCCUGGCUAGUUUGUCAUAAUCCUUCUAUUGAUUGGUCUGGUAAUUCUAUCCUCUCCUGGAACGUCUCUUGUCAUGUGAAAUGUUUAAUGUCUGCUAUCCCUCCUGUUUCCUCUGUCUCUUCUUCACAGGAGGAGCCUGGUGAUUUGACGAGGGUGCCGGAGGAAUAUCACGAUCUGCGCACGGUGUUCAGUCGGUCCAGGGCCACCUCUCUUCCUCCGCACCGGUCGUAUGAUUGUAGUAUUGAUCUCCUUCCGGGAACCACUCCCCCCCGGGGUAGACUAUACUCUCUGUCGGCUCCCGAACGUAAGGCUCUCGAAGAUUAUUUGUCUGUAGCUCUCGACGCCGGUACCAUAGUCCCCUCCUCCUCUCCCGCCGGAGCGGGGUUUUUUUUUGUUAAGAAGAAGGACGGGUCCCUGAGCCCCUGCAUAGAUUAUCGAGGGCUGAAUGACAUAACAGUUAAGAAUCGUUAUCCGCUCCCUCUUAUGUCUUCAGCCUUCGAGAUCCUGCAGGGAGCCAGGUUUUUCACUAAGUUGGACCUUCGUAAGGCUUACCAUCUCGUGCGCAUCAGGGAGGGGGACGAGUGGAAAACGGUGUUUAACACUCCGUUAGGGCACUUUGAAUACCGGGUUCUUCCUUUCGGCCUCGCUAACGCUCCAGCUGUCUUUCAGGCAUUAGUUAAUGACGUCCUGAGAGACAUGCUGAACAUCUUUGUUUUCGUUUACCUUGACGAUAUCCUGAUAUUUUUCACCGUCACUCCAGAUUCAUGUUCAGCACGUUCGACGUGUUCUCCAGCGCCUUUUAGAGAAUUGUCUUUAUGUGAAGGCUGAGAAGUGCACUUUUCAUGCCUCCUCCGUCACAUUUCUCGGUUCUGUUAUUUCCGCUGAAGGCAUUAAGAUGGAUCCCGCUAAGGUCCAAGCUGUCAUUGAUUGGCCCGUUCCUAAGUCACGCGUCGAGCUGCAGCGCUUUCUCGGCUUCGCGAAUUUCUAUCAUCGUUUCAUCCGUAAUUUCGGUCAGGUGGCAGCUCCUCUCACAGCCCUUACUUCUGUCAAGACGUGCUUUAAGUGGUCCGUUUCCGCUCAGGGAGCCUUUGAUCUUCUCAAGAAUCGUUUUACAUCCGCACCUAUCCUUGUUACACCUGACGUCUCUAGACAGUUCGUUGUCGAGGUUGACGCGUCGGAGGUGGGCGUGGGAGCCAUUCUUUCUCAGCGCUUCCUCUCUGACGACAAGGUCCACCCUUGCGCGUAUUUUUCUCAUCGCCUGUCGCCGUCGGAACGUAACUAUGAUGUGGGAAACCGCGAACUGCUCGCCAUCCGCUUAGCCCUAGGCGAAUGGCGACAGUGGUUGGAGGGGGCGACUGUUCCUUUUGUCGUUUGGACUGACCAUAGGAACCUUGAGUACAUCCGUUCUGCCAAACGACUUAAUGCGCGUCAGGCUCGUUGGGCGCUGUUUUUCGCUCGUUUCGAGUUCGUAAUUUUUUAUCGUCCGGGCUCUAAGAACACCAAGCCUGAUGCUUUAUCUCAUCUCUUCAGUUCUUCAGUAGUCUCCACCGACCCCGAGGGGAUUCUCCCUGAGGGGCGUGUUGUCGGGUUGACCAUCUGGGGAAUUGAGAGGCAGGUAAAGCAAGCACUCACUCACACUCCGUCGCCGCUUGUCCUAGGAACCUUCUUUUCGUUCCCGUUCCUACUCGUCUGGCCGUUCUUCAGUGGGCUCACUCUGCCAAGUUAGCCGGCCACCCCGGCGUUCGGGGUACGCUUGCUUCCAUUCGCCAGCGUUUUUGGUGGUCCACCCGGGAGCGUGACACGCGUCGUUUCGUGGCUGCUUGUUCGGUCUGCGCGCAGACUAAGUCCGGUAACUCCCCUCCUGCCGGCCGUCUCAGACCGCUUCCCAUUCCCUCUCGACCGUGGUCUCACAUCGCCUUAGAUUUUAUCACCGGUCUGCCUUCGUCAGCGGGGAAGACUGUUAUUCUUACGGUUGUCGAUAGGUUCUCUAAGGCGGCUCAUUUUAUUCCUCUCGCUAAGCUCCCUUCUGCUAAAGAAACGGCACAAAUCAUCAUUGAGAAUGUUUUCAGAAUUCAUGGCCUUCCGUCAGACGUCGUUUCGGACAGGGGUCCGCAAUUCACGUCUCAAUUUUGGAGGGAGUUUUGCCGUUUGAUUGGGGCUUCCGUCAGUCUCUCUUCCGGCUUUCACCCCCAGUCUAACGGUCAAGCAGAACGGGACAAUCAGACUAUUGGUCGCAUCUUACGCAGUCUUUCUUUUCGUAACCCUGCGUCUUGGUCAGAACAGCUCCCCUGGGCAGAAUACGCCCACAACUCGCUUCCUUCGUCUGCGACCGGUCUAUCUCCUUUUCAGAGUAGCCUCGGGUACCAGCCUCCGCUGUUCUCGUCUCAGCUCGCCGAGUCCAGCGUCCCCUCCACUCAGGCUUUUGUCCAACGUUGUGAGCGCACAUGGAAGAGGGUCAGGUCUGCACUUUGCCGUUAUAGGGCGCAGACUGUGAGAGCCGCUAAUAAGCGUAGAACUAAGAGUCCUAGAUAUUGUCGCGGUCAGAGAGUAUGGCUCCCCACUCAAAACCUUCCCCUUACGACAGCUUCUCGCAAGUUGACCCCACGGUUCAUUGGUCCGUUCCGUAUUUCUCAGAUCAUUAAUCCUGUCGCAGUGCGACUUCUUCUCCCGCAAUAUCUUUGUCUUCCCCCCAUCCUUGUCGAGGGCGCACCUAUCUACAGGGUCCGUAAGAUUUUGGACAUGCGUCCUCGGGGCCGUGGUCAUCAGUACCUAGUGGAUUGGGAGGGAUACGGUCCUGAGGAAAGGAGUUGGGUUCCCUCUCGGGACGUGCUGGACCGUUCGCUGAUCAAUGAUUUCCUCCGUUGCCGCCAGGUUUCCUCCUCGAGUGCGCCAGGAGGCGCUCGGUGAGUGGGGGGGUACUGUCAUGUAUUGUCAUAUUAUGUCUUGUUCCUGUUCUUUCUCUUCACUCCGUCUCCCCCUGCUGGUCGUAUUAGGUUACCUUCUCUUCCUCUCCUUCCCCCAGCUGUUCCUCAUCUUCUCUAACUACCUCGUUCACCCUUUUCCCACCUGUUCCCUUUUUUCCCUCUGAUUAGGUCUCUAUUUCUCUCUCUGUUCCUGCUUCUGUCUUUGUCAGAUUCUCGUUUGAGUUUCUCAUGCCAGAUCCAAACUAUCGUCUCGUUUGCUUCACCCUCGUCCCGUCCUGUCGGAAGCAUUCAAAAUGUCACGGGUACUUUUAGGUGUCAGGGAAAAUGUAUGGACUAAAAAGUACAUUAUUAUCUUUAGCAAUGUAGUGAAGUAAAAGUAAAAGUUGUUAAGAAUAUAAAUAAUAAAGUACAGAUACCCCCCCAAAAACGACUUAAGUAGUACUUUAAAGUAUCUUCACUUAAGUACUUUACACCACUGAUAACACUUUAUCCCCCCCAGUUAGACUUCCAUUGUGAUACAGAUGUCUGUAGAAGAUCCAGCGGCUCAACGCUCUGUAACAGAAGUAAGUUUAAGUAGGUCCUAUUAUUGAGUGUAGUCUGGCCCAGGAGUGUGAAGGUGAACGGAAAGGCACUGGAGCAACGAACCACCCUUGCUGUCUCUGCCUGGCCGGUUCCUCUCUCUCCACUGGGAUUCUCUGCCUCAAACCCUGUUACUGGGGCUGAGUCACUGGCUUACUGGUGCUCUUCCAUGCCAUCCCUAGGAGGGAUGCAUCAUUUGAGUGGGUUGAGUCACUGAUGUGAUCUUCCUGUCCGUGAUGGCACCCCCCCUUGGGUUGUGCCAUGGCGGAAAUCUUUGUGGGCUAUACUCGGCCUUGUCUCAGGAUGGUAAGUUGGUGGUUGAAGAUAUCCCUCUAGUGGUGUGGGGGCUGUGCUUUGGCAAAGUGGGUGGGGUUAUAUCCUGCCUGUUUGGCCCUGUCCGGGGGUAUCGUCGGAUGGGGCCACAGUGUCUCCCGACCCCUCCUGUCUCAGCCUCCAGUAUUUAUGCUGCAGUAGUUUAUGUGUCAGGGGCUAGGGUCAGUCUGUUAUAUAUGGAGUAUUUAUCCUGUCUUAUCCGGUGUCCUGUGUGAGUUUAAGUAUGCUCUCUCUAAUUCUCUCUCUUUUUCUCUCUAUCUUUCUUUCUCUCUCGUUCUUUCUCUCUCUCAGAGGACCUGAGCCCUAGGACCAUGCCUCAGGACUACCUGGCCUGAUGACUCCUUACUGUCCACCUGGCCCUGCUGCUGCUUCAGUUUCACCUGACGCGCUACCUGUCCCAGACCUGCUGUUUUCAACUCUCUAGAGACAGCAGGAGCGGUAGAGAUACUCUGAAUGAUCGGAUAUGAAAAACCAACUGACAUUUACUCCUGAGGUGCCAACCUGUUGCACCCUCGACAACCACUGUGAUUAUUAUUAUUUGACCCUGCUGGUCAUCUAUGAACAUUUGAACAUCUUGGCCAUGUUCUGUUAUAAUCGCCAUCCAGCACAGCCAGAAGAGGACUGGCCAGCCAUCAUAGCCUGGUUCUGCUCUAGUUUUCUUCCUAGGUUCUGGCCUUUCUAGGGAGUUUUUCCUAGCCACUCUGCUUCUACACCUGCAUUGGUUGCUGUUUGGGGUUUUAGGCUGGGUUUCUGUACAGCACUUUGUGACAUCAGCUGAUGUAAGAAGGGCUUUAUAAAGGAAUUUGAUUUAUUUAUUGACUUAUCAUCAAAGCGAAGUAAAGUGUUUACUUUGCUUUGGAAUAGGUCCCAUUCUCUGAAUACAUGUGUUAUCAAUAAGUCCCAAAUCUAUUCUCCCUAGAGUGGCGCAGCGUUGUGAGGCACUGCAUCUCAGUGCUAGAGGCAUCACUACAGACACACUGGUUUGAAUCCAGGCUGUAUCACAACCGGCCGUGAUUGGGAGUCCCAUAGGGCGGCGCAAAAUUGGCCCAGGGUUGGCCGGUGUAGGCCUCAUUGUAAAUAAGAAUUUGUUCUUAACUGACUUGCCUAAUUAAAAAAGGUUAAAAAAUAAUAGGGAGGAGGCAAAUAGGAGUGCUGAGAGAACAACAAAGGAAGAGUGAUCUGCAGCACACCAUUGUCCCUGGUGGACCUGUCAUCCUUCAGGUGUAAAUAAUUUGGGACACACUUGCUCUUGUUUUAUUGAUUGAUUUAUGUUUGUAGUUUGUAGUGCUUGAGACUAGGGAGCUCCCCCAUGCUUCUAAUGCAGGUGCAGAGGAGCUACCGAGAGCUGUCCAUGAUUCUGAACAUCUCUUAUCCGGGGCUGGUCCUUGCAGUUCUGCCGCCAUAGGCAAGACCAAAAAUUGCUGUCCCUGCAAAACUAGAAUAGUCCCAGGAAACAAAAUCAUGUUGAAAAGAUGUGUAAAAUACAUGUUUUCCAGAUGUUGAAGUUAGGUUCAAUUUAGGUUCUGAAUGGAAGGUGAAAAGUAUGUUAUGUAUGUUUAAACUACACAUUUUCCAGGAAGUUGAAAACGCAUAUUUUUCGAACAUUAAAAAAUAGGUAUUUUCCAGAAGGUGAAAUAAGGUAACUGUUCAGUUCAGAAAGAAAGUUGAAAUUGCUUAUUUUCCGGAUGUUGAAAUCAGGCUAAUUUUGGUUCUGAAUGAAAGUUGAAAAUUUAAAAAUAAAAUAAAAAUCUUUCUUUGGGCCAAGUCAAGGCUGGUCCAGACCUGACAUAAUCUGAACUAAACAAAGGAGCCUAUGAUUGGUUCAGACUUGGUCCGGACCAAACCAAAAAUCUAUGUCUUUGGACUUCAAGGCUGGUCUGGACCGCAGUAUUUUAUUAUUCACUGUGAUCAGCUUGUCAAACAUUGACGGAUGCAAACUUGAAACCACUGAUCAUGACAAUGGGGUGAAACUCCUGGACAACAGUUGUGAUUGUCCCUUCCAUAUUGUCCAUUUUACUUUGACCUGUCCUGUUUUUUUAGGAUAUGUUGUUUGUUAACAUGACAGCUUAUGUUAAUUUAUUUGCACGAAAACAUCCUGUGACGUAGCAUUGAGGCUAGCUUUUUCAAACAGAAAUUUGCAUCAUGUAGCACUAAUUCCAAAAAUGUUUGGGACACUGUAAAGUCCAUGGAGAAUAAGAGCACCUCCUCCCAGCUGCCCACUGCACUGAGGCUAGGAAACACUGUCACCAUCUAUGAUACUUGAUCAUUUCAAUAAGCAUUUUCUACGGCUUUCCACCUGGCUACCCCUACCCCGGCCAGCAGCUCUGGACCCCCUGCAGAAACUUGCCCAAGUCCCACCCGCUUCUCCUUCAUCCAAAUCCAGACAGCUGAUGUUCUGAAAGAGCUGCAAAAUCUGGAUCCCUACGAAGCAGCUGGGCUAGACAAUCUGGACCCUCUCUUUCUAAAAUUAUCUGCAGAAAUUGUUGCAACCCCUACUACUAGCCUAUUCAACCUCUCUUUCGUAUCGUCUGAGAUCCCCAAAGAUUAGAAAUCUGCCGCAGUCAUCCCCCUCUUUAAAGGGGGAGACACUCUAGAACCAAACUGUUAUAGACUCAUAUCCAUCCUGCCCUGCCUUUCUAAAAGCUUUCGACUCUGUCAAUCACCACAUUCUUAUCGGCAGACUCAAUAGCCUUGGUUUCUCAAAUGACUGCCUCGCCUGGUUCACCAACUACUUCUCAGAUAGAGUUCAGUGUGUCAAAUUGGAGGGCCUGUUGUCCGGACCUCUGGGAGUGUCUCAGGGUUCAAUUCUCGGGCUAUUAUUUUCUCUGUAUAUAUCAAUGAUGUCGCUCUUGCUGUGGGUGAUUCCCAGAUCCACCUCUACGCAGACGACACCAUUCUGUAUACAUCUGGCGCUUCUUUGGACAAUGUGUUAACAAACCUCCAAACAAGCUUCAAUGCCAUACAACACUCCUUCCGUGGCCUCCACCUGCUCUUAAACGCUAGUAAAACUAAAUGCAUGCUUUUCAACCGUUCACUGCCCACACCUGCCCGCCUGACUAGCAUCACUACUGGACGGUUCUGACUUAGAAUAUGUGGACAUCUGCAAAAACCUAGGUGCCUGGCUAGACUGUAAACUCUCCUUCCAGACUCAUAUUAAACAUUUCCAAUCCAAAAUUAAAUCUAGAAUCGGCUUUCUAUUUCGCAACAAAGCAUCCUUCAUUCACGCUGCCAAACAUACCCUAGUAAUACUGACUCUCCUACUGAUCCUCGACUUCAGCGAUGUCAUUUACAAAAUAGUCUCCAUUACUCUACUCAGCAAACUGGAUGCAGUCUAUCACAGUGCCAUUCGUUUUGUCUCCAAAGCCCCAUAUACCACAUAUACAGUGCCUUGCGAAAGUAUUCGGCCCCCUUGAACUUUGCGACCUUUUGCCAUAUUUCAGUUUUUGAUUUGUUAAAAAAAUUUGAAAUAUCCAAUAAAUGUCGUUCCACUUCA